AUGGCGUCCAACGUUGGCCUCGACAUUCUCUCCAAGAACCUCUCCUACUUCAGUGUCCCCGCCGCCGUCCUGUGCGCCCUGGGCCCUCACGUGUACGCCAUCAGCAGCGCACACAACAUCUACGACAACCGUGACCCCCGAUCCUUCAAGGACAGCGUCACCCAGACCCAGACCCUCGACGCCGCGGCCAAGGCCCGUAUCACAAAGGCCAAGCAGGCCUCCGAGAAUGGCUUCGAAACACUCGGCCUCUUUGCCGCCUCGGUCGUCGCCGCCAACCAGGUCGGCGUCGAGCCGCGCACCCUCAACGCCCUCACUUGGGGCUACGUCGCCUCCCGCGUCGCCUUCAAUGUCGCCUACGUCCACCUGAGUCAGGACAAGACCAUGAGCUGGUUCCGCUCCGCCAUGUGGCAGGGCGGCGUAUGGACCAUUAUGGGUAUCUGGAUCUCGGCCGGACUCAAGGUCAUGAAUGCCUACGUGUUCUAG